AUGUUGAUCGAUGAGCUUUUGCCCGUGGUUGACCGCACCUACCUCUGGGUCACCUUGACUAUAGAUGUGAUCAGAAGUACCCCCAGCUUUACCAAAGGAAACAUUCAUGCGGUAGUAAAUCAACUUCCUGCUACCGUUGACAACGCGUAUAAGAAGAUACUUACUCGAAGUCCGACACCUAAGCGCGCGAGAACGAUUUUACAUGCAAUUCUGGCUGCGGAGAGUCCACUUUCGGUGGGCGAAAUGGCUUUGAUAGUGGCUUGCGAUCAAGCCUUCAAAGAAUCCGUGGACAUCGAGGACUACCUGGAGUCUGAAGAGGAUUUCAAACAAACACUCCGAGAGAUCUGCGGUCUCUUUGUAGUCAUCAUUCAUUCAAGAUUGUACUUGCUUCAUCAAACUGCCAGGGAGUUUUUAAUCGGAUCUCCAUCUCCAUCUCCUUUGAACGAUGUUUCUACGACUCCUACAUGGAAGGGUUCCUUCGACAUCCAGGUCUCUAACCGCCUGCUGGCAGAUGUCUGCGUGAGGUAUCUGACUUCAGACAAACAGAAAAAACUGAAUGCACUCGUGGCAUAUUCUAAACAGAACUGGGCGACGCAUUUCAAGUCAUGUAUCAUCAGAGCCGAUGACUCUAUUACACCCUUGGCUUGUCAACUCUGUGGCUCAUACAAACGGGAUCCUCUCGAGUUUGCCUUUUCAUCCGGCCUUAAAUCUGUGGUGGAAUAUCUGAUAAAGGUUGAAAAAGCUGGUGAUGGCUUGGAAGAUAUAACUGGAUGCACAUUUCUAGCGCGGCGUGCCAGAGAGGGGCGUGCAGACUUGGUUCGAAUACUUCUUGAGAACACAAUUGAUGUUACCUCAAGCAGUGACACUUGGGCCAUUCUACUUCGAUUAGCCAUCGUAUGUGGGCAUGUGGACGUUGUUCAAGUUUUCCUCGAGAAUGACGUGGAUCUGACUCCCAAAAAUGGAUUGAGCGACCUCUCGAUAUGUUUUGCUGCAAGCCAAGGCGAUGAGAAAAUACUGGAUCUCCUGAUCAAGCAUGGGGCUGAUGUCAAUACCCGAGACCUGCUGGGUAGAACGCUUUUAUGCCUAGCGUAA